AUGGAACACCGCCAACACAGUCAGUCACCGUCGCAGAAAACGGCCUGGCCUAGGUGGGAGCGCAAGGGCAAGGAGAAAAGUCCCAUCGCCCGCGCAUGUACAUGGGUUGUGGACCACCAGAUCAGCAUAUCUGUCAACCUCAUAUCUAUGCUCUUCUUCAUACACAUCCUCUUCCCUUCGGCAAGGCAUCACACCCAGAAAUUCUUCCAAAUCUCGUAUUACAACCCGGCUACCGGAAACUUCGCCCUGGGCUGGGAUGACAUAUUCUUCGUCUUUUACUGGAUCAUUGUCUUCACCGGCCUCCGCUGUGCUACUAUGGACUAUGUCCUUGGUCCCCUGGCUGGCUUUUUUGGCAUUCGGAAACGGAAGCCAAAGGUGCGAUUUGCGGAACAGGCCUGGAUCCUCUGCUACUACACUGUGUCAUGGUGCACCGGCAUGUACAUCAUGUACAAUUCCGACUACUGGCUCGACCUUCGGGCUCUGUGGAGGACGUGGCCGGACCGCGAAAUGGAGGGUCUUGCGAAAUGGUACUAUUUGGUUCAGUUCGGUUUCUGGCUGCAACAGAUCGUGGUGGUGAACAUUGAGGAGCGCCGGAAGGACCACUGGCAGAUGUUCACUCACCACAUUGUGACCUGUACGCUCAUAUUCACAUCCUACGGCUAUCAUCAAUAUCGUGUGGGCACCUUGAUUCUCUGUCUCAUGGACUUGGCCGACAUCAUCCUCCCUCUAGCGAAAAUUCUCAAGUACUUGCAUUUUGAGCUUGCGUGCGACAUUGCAUUUGGCGUGUUCAUGGUGUCCUGGCUUAUUGCCAGACAUAUUCUAUACAUGACUGUCUGGUACAGCAUUUACGCUCAUAUCCCAGAGGAAAUCGAGUACGGGUGCUAUAGGGGCAGUGUGCAGGAUCUUGAAGGUCCAAUCCCUACGCCAAACGACUGGGAUCAUCUGAUCCAGCCGUUCAAAAACCCUGUUGGACUAGUCUGCUGGAACAACAGCAUCAAAUGGACCUUCUUGACCAUGCUCCUUGCUCUCCAGGUAAUGCUGCUUCUCUGGUUCGGCAUGAUUGUCCGGGUCGCUUAUAAAGUGAUCACUGGCACUGGGGCGGAAGAUGUGCGUUCGGACGAUGAAGAUGAGGAUGAGGAGGAAUACGUAUCGGAUGAGAAGUCGUCAAGGAAUUAUGUCGACAAAGUCAAACUCUGUGUGGAUCCCCAGGAUCAAUACCUAGAGACCGAGAUCCUGAGCACGGACCCUAACUUUUCUCUCUCGAAAUCUUCCAAAUCAAGGAGAAAAUCGAGAUCAAAAUCUAAGUCCACUUCACCUUCGUCCUCGGCAGGGGGCAGACAAUCGACACCAGAGUCGUCAACUGCAGGUUCCAGCAGUGGCGGGAGGAGAAAACAGAAGCAUGAAUCUGCACAUUCCUCCGGCGUCAACCUGCUUGGAGGUAGCAGUGAUCGCAAGGAAUUGCUCGGCCGCAUCGGCUGCGAUAAAGGCUCUACGUCAGAUUGA